GAAUGAACCCCCCACUUCAAGGCGCUCACGCUGAAACACUACGGACCAGGCCAUCUACCCUCGACACCGCCUGUUGCCAAAUGGGAUUUAUGGACUCGACUCUCCAUCCUAGCAUCGGCGCGCCACGAUUUGUAGGAUAUCGUGCUCCAUGAUCCGUGAUCACAAAUUGGUCUAAUCGGUCGGGCACCUUCAAUCAAUGACCAGGCUCCUCGUCGCUCGUUUCUUCAACUUAUCUUUAUGAAAAUCGUUCUGUCCCCAUAAGUUGUUCAAUACUACAACUUGCCCAUGGAGACAUAUAGUUGGCGUGCUCCCAGCUGGACUGGGGCCGCAAGACGGUCGCUAGGCAUCUGUCUCCUACUACUCGUGGUGGUCUUGUGGACGGCUUCGAACUUUCUGGCUAGUACCAUCUUCGCGGAUAAUUCAUACUCGAAACCGUUCUUUGUGACCUACAUCAACAGCUCGCUGUUCAUUAUUCCUCUCCUCUCGAUCAUCCUGGGCAGACUAUUCAAACUAUGGCGCCAGGGUAGAUUGUCUCAGAUCGAUUCUAUUCAAAGCCUGUUGCUCCAUCUUGAUUCGCACGAUUCGAAGCGCGAGGCACCCGACGUGCUGCAUCCCUCCUCUUUCGCAGAUAGACAACAGAGUGAGAACGAAGUUGAUAGCUCUAGCAAGCUGGGCUUGAGGGCGACUGCGAAAUUGAGCUUCCAAUUUUGUCUAUUAUGGGCGAAUUAUUUCGCAAUGGCCUGUCUGCAAUACACAACAGUAGGAAGUACCACCAUCCUAACUUCAACUAGCGGGGUCUGGACCCUCAUCUUCGGCGCAAUGAUCGGGGUGGAACGGUUCACCGUCCGCAAACUCGCCGGCGUUAUCGCUUCCCUGAUCGGAAUCAUCCUCAUCUCCCGAGUAGAUCUGUCGUCAACGGACUCUUCGCCCGGAGAUGAUGGCAGUUCCGGUACCUUCCCCCACAAGACGACCGCCGAGAUUGCCCUCGGCGAUGCGAUGGCCGCAUUCAGCGCAGUCAUGUACGGCGUCUACACUAUCGUCCUGAAAAGGCAAGUCGGCGAUGAGUCGCGGGUCAAUAUGGUGUUGUUCUUCGGGCUAGUGGGACUCUUUAAUAUGCUCUUGCUCUGGCCGGGAUUCGUCAUCUUACAUUUCACCGGGAUCGAGCCGUUCGUUCUCCCUGAUACCGGGAGAAUAUGGACUAUAGUGCUGGUAAAUUCAUUCUCAUCACUAGUUUCAGAUAUAUGUUGGGCGUAUGCGAUGCUCCUUACCACUCCGCUUGUCGUGACUGUCGGGCUGAGUCUGACCAUCCCGCUGUCGCUUGUGGGUCAAAUCUUCCUGCAGGGACAGUAUUCGAGUGCGAUAUACUGGGUUGGUGCCGCUAUAGUAUUUUUGUCAUUCCUGGUGGUCAACCAUGAGAGUCGCGAUGAUAAGUUGGGGGCAACCUCGGCGGGCGGGUACGAUGCUGUUCCUGGUGACGAGACAGGCGAUACCGCUUGAUGAAGAGCUUCCAUACGGGUUGGGCUAGAAGUGAACCCUCUUUACGUCCUUCACACAUCGUUAUUCUUGAUAGACAGAGGACCAAUAAUCCAUUAAAAUUAUUAGGCGUCAUACAGCCAGUGUGUAACACUAAUCAGACACUGAUUUCCAUCGUCCGUUGCCAGUGGAAGAACAAUCACGAAAGACAAGCAAGGAAAAUACCAGAAGGAACGAGAUCAUGAUGAUACAGC